CCAGCUGGACUGACUGACAGCACUGAGGGGGGCCUGAGGGCGGGAAAGGAAAAGGCCAACUCCACCCGCAUUCCGCUGAGCCAGGCUAGGCAAGCUCUUAGCCAGCCUUCCUUCAGCUGCUCCCUUUGCCGUCCUCUCGCCCGCAAAGUUGGCGGAGGGGUGUCAGGCCCUUUCGAUAGAUAACUUUUCCCAGCGGCGGACGAUUAGGGGUGUCUCUCCUCCCGUUAUGAAGCCGUGGCUUUUGCUCAGCCUCCUGCUGCUGUACCAAACGCUGCAAAAUGCUAUUGGUCAGCCUGCAAAGAACAAGCGUCCAAAGGAACCAGGAGAGAACAGGAUUAAACCUGCUAACAAAAAAAUAAAACCCAAAACUCCCAAAUUAAAGGAGAGAGAAUCCACAGAUACUUCCCCAAAGAUCCAUUCUAUAAUGACACAAGUGAUGGAUAAGGGCCGUUUUCAGAAGCCUGCUGCUAUUCUGAGCCUUUCUGCAGGACAGAAUUUAGAACUGCGAUGUAAAGGAAAUAAAAUUGGAUGGAGCUAUCCUUCCUAUCAUGACACCUUUAAAGAUUCCAGGCUCAGCAUCAAGCAACAUGACAGAUAUGGCCAGCUGAUCCUGGGAAAUUCCACUGCAGCAGACACUGGUGAAUACAGCUGCUGCCUCCUGCUAUGCAGUGGCCACAAUUGCAAGAAGGAUGAGUCAAAAACAGGCUCAACGUACAUCUUUUUUGCAGAUAAAGAGGAGCUCUUUGUUCCCUCUCCCAGUUAUUUUGAAGUUGUGUACCUCACCCCGGAUAAACCGGCAAUAAUUCCUUGCCGUGUGACCAACCCAUCAGCAAAAGUAACUUUACACCAGGAGUUUCCAGCAGAAGAAAUCAAAGUGGAUGGAACCAACAUUAUCUAUGACAUGAAGAAGGGUUUUGUCUAUCAGCACCCAACGUUUGCUCACAAAGGAGUAGUUUACUGCAGAGCAGAAUCAUGGGAAGCUCCUCAGAUUUCCAUUAAGUACCAGUUGCUUUAUGUGGAAGUUCCUAGUGGCCCUCCUUCAACUACUAUUAAAGCAUCAUCCAAUAAUGCAAAAGGUGGUGAUGAUAUCAGCAUUCUGUGCACGGUUUUGGGGGAACCAGAUGUAGAAGUAGAAUUUAAUUGGAUAUAUCCAGGGCAAGAGUAUGAAAGGCCUGUGGUUAUCCAAGACUCUUGGAGGCUGAUCGACAGAGGAAUUGGUCAUACUACAAGAAUCUCCGAGAGCAUUAUUACUAUUGAAGAUUUUGAGACCAUUGAUGUUGGAAACUAUAUAUGUAUAGCUCAGAACCUUCGAGGACAGACAACAGUAGCUACUCAUGUUGAACUCAUCUGACAUACUGAGCUCUAGGCAAGACAGAACAGAAAAUGUGUUGCUGGACUGCUUCUGGCUAGCUUUACAUUCUGAACUGAAAAUGAGUUAAAACAAGUCUUAAUAUAUUCCAUCCUUAUCAGAGAGCAAUAAAAAUGCAAACAUAUGGUUAUAGGAGAGGCUUAUUAUUCUGCAAGUGUAGCACAAUCGCUUAGAAACAAAAAUGAGAACCAGGAAAUCAGUCAUCCAAAUGUUGCCUUUACUGUGAACUCACUAGGCGGCCUUUGGGAAAUAACCAUCCUUCUCAGGCCCCUAUCUUCGUUAUGGAAACACUGAUUUAUCUUAAAGGGUCAGUUGCAAAGCUUGCCAAGAUAAUAUUCACUGUCAUGUUUUGAAUAUUAAAGCACUACAUAAAUGCUAAUCAUUAGGUAUACUGAGUUACCCUUUAGGAAAUACUACACAUUUUAAAGCCUUAAUCUGACAAUAACUUUGUCAUUGGAAGACAAUGCUAGAUUAGUAAACAGAAAAAUUAGCCUUGCGCUGUAUUUUGCGCAUAUGAAAAAGCUAAUAUAACUUAUAACAUACAUCCAUAUAUCUCUUGGUAGUUUGGAAUUUAACAGGGUUUUUUGUUCUGUAAAAUUUAUUCCGCCUGUGGAAUUAAUCAUUAGCAUAAAAUAUUUUUAUACUUAUUGUUGACAUUUAUAGUAUAUGCAGGUUUUAAUAUGUCAUCUUAGGGAUAUGCAGCCUGUAUAGAUAAUGUUGAUGUUGAGCAAAUUACAUGUUGAGCAAAUAAAACAUUUUGCAAGUUUUAA